AUGAGCGGUACAUACACAGAAUAUGCAGGCGUGUCCAUCUAUGCACCUGACGGCAAGGUUAAUUCCCUUUCACACGUGCAACAAUCGAUUUCUCUGGGCAGCACAGCACUAUGCAUAACAAAUCACAACCAAGCCAUCCUUCUUGUCCAUCACCACAGCACUAACAGACUGCAGCACGCCAUGAAAAAGGUGUUCGUAAGGAAGAACCUUUUCUUUACGUUCUCAGGUGUGACCAACGAUGGACUGGAAUUGAUAAGGUACGUUCUUGAGGAGAUGGCGUGCGAGAAUGUGUGGAAGAAUAGAGCGGUCGAUCCUAUGAAGGUGUUCAAUGAGAUAAGUGCUACGGCGAGUUCUAGGACAAUGAUUAGCAGCGAUAGACUGUUUGGAUGCGGUGGGAUAUUGGGCGUUGAACAUGAUGGGAAGAUAAAGGUGGUGGAAUGGAUGCCCACAGGAACGAUAAGAAUGGCUAGGGCGGUUGCUAUCGGGAAUAGAGCACAGAGCUGCAGAACAAUCCUUGAAAAGUACUUUGAAGACAACGAGGAUGUGAGCAACGAGAAUAUGCUUGACCUGGCAAUAAGUGCAAUGAAGAAUGCGCAUGGUGAGAGCGAUGAAAUGAAAAAGGAAAAUUUGGAAGGCUAUGUCUUGAAACUUGGCGAGAAUGUCAGGACAAUCGAUAAUCUUGAGCGGUACCUGUGAUUAAAUAUUUUCUUUGUGAC